AUGGAGGACGGGCCAGAGGAAGGAUACGGUGCUGCGCACUCUGGGCAGCAGACGCUGGGAAGGCAAGGCGCGGGUGCGGCGGCAGCAGCAGCUGCUGCCCUGGUGGCGGCGGCACAGGGCGCGGCGGGCGUGGGUAUGCUUCCGCUGUCGCGGGCUGUCUACGCCGGGUGGCAUGUAAAGUCGUUUACCUCGGCGCUCGGCUGGUCGCUCAGCUGGUUCCCGCUCUUCUACACAGACACCUCGCCAUCGACCGGCUCGCCCCGCGGCGUCGCCUGGUAUGCCCUCGACACCGGCAUGGCGCCCAACGGGAACUUUCUCCUCUCAGCGCUGGCCAACGCCGCCCUCCUCACAUGCCUUGUUGCCAUCAUCAUGGCAGGCGUGUUUGCGCUGACUCCGUUGCCGCUCCGCUUGCCUGCCCUCCGCUCCGCCGCCCUGCGCUGGCUUGCCCUGCUCGCCGCCGGGCUCCUCGCCGCUGCCUCGUUUGUCCUCGGCCUUGUCGCUCGUGGCAGCGGCCUUGCUCUCGCCAGCGUACCCGGUGUGUUUGCAAUGCUGGUUGUUCUCUUUGCAGCCGUUGCUCUUGCCUUGCUGGCCUAUCUUGGCGACGCUCCCGAUCUUCCGCUGAGAUCCGAGACCCGCGGCUUUGGCGCGGGUGUACUCGGCGUUCAUAUGCUCUCGCUGGCGCUGGCGUGCGGAUUGCAAGGCGCCAACCACGCCCUGCCACUGACAAUUACCUUGCUGGUUCUGGCAUGGCUGGUUACGCUUGCUCUCGUCGUCGUUCGCCCGUACACGCUGCCUGCCUACAACAUCCUCGCAUGCGUUAGCUGGGGUGCACGUGCAACCGCGCUCACCUUUGUGGUGUUUCUCGCCCGAAGCGAGAGCGAGCUCCCUUCGCGGCUUGCAUCGCUUAUCCUUGUAUGGUGCGCCAUUGGCAUCCACAUUGCUGCUCUCGCCUGCCUCCUUGCUGCUACGCUGUUUGUGGCGGCGUCGGCGGUGCGGGCGGCGACUGCGCCGCACGAAGCCGUUGCCAAGUCACCAUCGACUGCCUCUUCGCGCGGAGCGAUUCUGCCCAUGCUUUCGGUCCUGCCCGUAGCCCGCCUGGGCAUGGAUGACCAGGCAACUCCGUCUGAAUCACCGGGCGGGAUGGGAACGCCGCAGGCCAUGGCUCCGCUUGAGCCUGCCCGGCAAGCCGAGGAGGCUGGCGGCGAUGGAGACCUCCCUCGGCUCGACCUUACCAACAUACGGCACUCGCUCGGCGAUGCCGGCGUCUCAAUCACCGCCCGCAAGUCGGAGGAGCUUGUCGAGUUUGCGCUGCAAGUCGCGCCUGUUGCGCCAGGCCUCUUUGUCGGCUCGGCCGAGGCUUCCAGUAACCGCGAGCUGUUGGAGGCUGCCGGCGUGACCAACGUCAUCAACGUGGCGCCCAUGGUGUGCGCCAACGUGUUUGAAGACGCCGACGACGCGCCGUUUGAGUACUGGGCGCUCCCGCUCUUCGACGAUCCGUCGCAGGACAUCACGUCAGUCAUUUACGACGUCAUCGAGUACGUCGACGAGAUCGCUGCCGAGGGCGGCGCUUGCUUCCUGCACUGCUCGCAGGGCGUCUCGCGGUCGAUAGCUCUCGCCACCGCAUACCUCAUGCACACUCUCGACAUGGACUACGAGCCUGCGGCCGCCAAGAUCAAGGCCAUUCGCCCGGUCGCCGAUCCCAACGCCGGCUUUGUCUUCCAGCUCCUCGAGUGGCGGGCGCGAGUGACAUGGCAGCCGACUGCCGAGGCGCCGACCCCGACACAGCCGGCGCUCUUCCGCCUCGCGCCGCAGGACCGUGGUCACGACCCAGGCUACAUCGUCGCCAAGUUUGUCUAUCUUGACGACUACUGGGCCGCCGCCCGCUCGCCGCACGGCCCGGAGCUUCCGAUCGUUCUCGACCCCCGCGCUGUCUACAUUGCGUUCUGGGACACGCGCUACACCGGCCGCGCCGCUCUCGGCCGCGACGGUCGCAUGGUCCUUGUCUGGCACGGCGACAAGGCCGAGCCAGACCUUGCGUCUCAGGUUGGUGACAUCCUGCUCAUCCUGCAGCGCUUUGAGCACGCUCCGUCCGACUACCGCAUCGUCACGCCGUCUGCGACUGCCUCGUUUGCUACCCUCCUCCGCCACGGCGGCACCAAGGCGAACACAAGUAUCUCGGUCCUUGUCGGCCAUGAUCUCGCCGUCGAUGAUGAUUACCUUCCACUGAGCUCCGCCUCCUCUUCCGGUGCCUCAGUCUACACCUACGAGGAGUCAUCCGACGCCUGACCAUUGAAUCGCCU